CGGCCGCCAUUUUGUGUGGGAGAGAGAGGGGCGGUGCGGAGCAGAGCGGAGCGGGGGCGGCUCUGAGGGUGGGCGUCGGACACUGACGGCGGAGCAGCGCGGGCUCGGUUCCUGAGGGGCCGUGUGUGUGUCCGUGCUUGUGGGCGAGCGGAGCGGACAGAAGUCGCAGGACUUCUCCCUUGGAGCUUCUGUGCCGAGAAUCCGAUGUUGGGCUCGGCUCCCUGGCUGAAGACAGCAGAUCAGCCCAUGAAAACUUCUAUUCCCAGCCAAAGGAAAGAGUCCAGCACAAGGCAGCACCUGUUCUUUCAGGCUUGGAAACAAGAAAGGGGGCAAGAGUUGGAGAGUGUGGAAUCAGAGAAGACCACUGAGAGGUGACAUUUAAGUUGAAGAUGGGCGGUGGAGAAAGAUACAACAUUCCCGUUCCCCAGGCUCGAAAUACCACCAAGAACCAUCAACAACUUAAGAACAGGCAGAAGAACAAAGACCAGAAUUCUCAGAUGAAAACCUACGUGAAGAAGGAAAGAGGCCACGGCUGCAGCUCCUCUCCUGGUGCAUGGCAGGCCAUGCAGAAAGGGGGGAAGAACAACGUUCACUUCCCCAAGAAUCCCAAUUGGAAUCCUGCUCUAUCCAAUCACACCCUGUUGUUCACCCCUCAGAGCAACCAGAACUAUGCUGGGGCCAAGUUCAGUGAGCCACCCUCCCCAAGUGUUCUGCCUAAACCACCAAGCCACUGGGUACCUGUUUCUUUUAAACCUUCUGAUAAAGAAAUGAUGACAUUUCAGCUCAAAACCUUACUGAAAGUCCAGGCCUGAGGUGUAACUUGUGUGAUUUUCAGAAGUGAUUUCGACUGUCAGGGUUUGAAAUUUUUGAGCAUUGCUAUUCCCAACUCCAGCUGCACAGGUGUGCAAGGCCAGGUGUUCUUGCUGCAUGUAGUUAGUCACUUGGAGAGGGGUGAAAGUUUACAUUCCCCUCAUAUUUUACCUCAAAAGUUCAAUGCUGUGUUCACCUCACUGUGAAAUACCUGUUUUUUUGAAAAUCAAUCAAAUCCUGAGCAGUCACCAUUUACUGUAUUUAAGAAUGGGACUGUGUUCCAAAAUUGGAAUUGUGACUUUGACUUAUUAGAAACCACCUUUUACCUAACUUUAUGCAGCAUGAACUGAAAAGAAAAAACGCACUGAAAACUUUAAGUCAGGUUAUUUGCUGCUUUUCAGACUGAUGUGAGAUUUGCUAAACACUCUGCAGAGCAGAAACCUCCACCUGGGCACAAGGGGAGGCACAGCUGAUUCUCUCCCCUGCCCCUGUGAGCUUUAGUGGCACUUGUGCAGUGGUGGGUGAGUGUUUCAAGCCUGUGACUCCCAUCUGGAAUGUUCUGGAAAGGUGUGGAAGAACUCCUCAGGCAGAUGCAUAAAUCCUCUCCAGCUGUGCUUCCCAGGAAUCUCCAUGAGUGCCAACUGAAGACCUUGCAUUGCCAGGUGACUGCCAAAAAAACUCCCCCAAAAUCCUUUGUAUGCCCACUGUACUGAGGAGUUCUAAACCACAUUUUUCUCUCAGCUUUUAUAAAAAAACGGUGGAGUAGUUCUUAGUCUGGUCUUAAAUUGGUUCCCCUGUAACAAUUAAUAGUUUGGGGCAGGUGUUAGAUGUUCUCACAGGGAAGACAGAGCCAUGUAAAUACAUGUAAAACGUUGUAGCAUAUGUAAAUUUUUGCUGGGCUUUCCUGCACAGAAGUAUUUUUAGUACAAAACUGCUGAAUGUAAGAUGACCAUGUUGAGUACGUGGCCUGGUUUUAAAAAAUGAUAUUUUGUUUAAAAAAAAAA